CGUAAUGCGGAUCUAAACGCACGUGUCGACGUGUCGAGUAGUGUCUCUUGAGGAUCAAUUUUCUUUUCGGUGCAUACACGCAGCAGGAUGAUCCGAUAUCUCGUCCUCUUCUUCGCAACAUCGAGCGUUAUUCUAGCAGCUCCACAAUGGUAUGGGCCUCAUGCAUCUCCAGCCCCAUUAGGUCCAGAUGGUCGCGUGGUGGACACGCCGGAAGUCGCGCAACUGAAAGCUGCUCAUUUGAGCGCUUUAGCGGAAGCUAACGCACGCGCACCAAAGGGACCGGGAUCGAUCGGGGCCUACCCCGGGCCUAAUGUGCCUUACACUUCCGGAAAUUACGCAGUUCCGCAUUACAGCGGACCUCCGGCCCCGUUGGGUCCGGACGGUCGCGUAGUCGACACAGCCGAGGUCCAGCAAGCCAAGGCCAUACAUUUCUCUCUUUACAAUGCGGAAGCCGCACGUGUCCCGGCCGGUCCAGCUGAUCCAGUCUCCGCCGGCGCCUACGAUCCGUCCUGGAACACCGGCGCCUAUAAUCCUGCUUGGAAUGGUCUGGCUGGCAGCUACUAUUAAUUCGCAAAAAUUGGAUCCAAGACACGACCCGAGACACGCACUCCCGCUCGUUCGACGUGGAUAUCGACGUGGGCAGCGAGAUCGAUCGAUCGAUCGGUCGCGCUGGACCACUCGAGGUCCUGUCAAUCUCCUCUCCAACUACCUCAGAGAAUUGGAAAAAAAGACUAAGAUAUCAUUGACUACCUCCCGAGCGACUCUGAUGCAUCAUCUCCCCGCUUGCAAUUUCAGCGUCGCUUUUUUUCAUGCACUUCCUAUUUGUCAUGCGCGAGUACUUGUAUCCGGUUUAUACGGUUGGAACGAAAUAUAUGUAUGUACAUGCA